AGUGGAACGGUGGGAAAAACACACACCAUGUAAAUGAAGAAAUAGCGUCUUCAAAUUCCAAAAUUAGUUACUCACUACGAACUCUUCCGUCUCUCUCUCUCUCUCGAGAAAUUCGGAGUCUCUCGAUUCAGUUUCUUGCAAAAAUGGAGAGUUUGCAGAUACAAGCAGUGAUUGAUUUGCCUUUCAUCGGUUAACGAAUAAGAGCCAUCAAAGCACAAUUGGCUCAUUCAAUUCCCUUCUUCAUGAGCAAAGAAGAGUUUCGUUCCGUUUUUUCCCCCAAGAAAUAACGUAACCAGAGCUCUUCAAUUUCCCUUUAAAGCCUGCUUUCUCAUGGCAGCUCGACCUCAAAUUCCCCAUUUAUAUAUUCCUCUCUUUUCUCUGCAUUUUCACCUUCGCAGCUCUGUAUUCAUCUCCCCCUUUUUCUGUCUCAAUCGGGGGAGAGAUACAGUGUUUAACCAAAAUGAAAAACCGCGGCCUUAGAAAGGUUUCUGCUAAAUGGGUUCCUUUCUUUUGCCUCGCUUUCUUCCUCUUUGGGAUGCUUCUCACUUCCAGUGGCAGGAUUUGGACACCAAAGCAAUCGGAUUCACGCCUUGUUUCCCGGCUACAAAAUGAACAGCAACAACUCCGGAGUGUUUCUGAAGGCAUCACUACGAAUCAGAAAUCUGUGGAGGACAAGAGAGUGUUGGCGGAGUUUCACAAAACACAGGCAGCAAUUCAAUCUCUAGGCAGGCAAGUUUCUACACUGAAGUCGGAAAUGGCUGCAGCUCGGAAGGUUACACCUCCUGUCAUCGAUCUGCCAUCAGAUAGAAAUCAUUUCCCAAGGAAGAAGAUUUUUAUAGUGAUUGGAAUCAAUACUGCCUUUAGCAGUAGAAAGCGGCGUGAUACUGUGAGGGAGACAUGGAUGCCUCAAGGGGAAAGACUCUUGCAAUUGGAGAGCGAGAAGGGAAUUAUCAUUAGAUUCAUGAUUGGCCAUAGUGCAAAGUCCAACAGUAUCUUGGACCGUGCCAUUGACUCAGAAGAUGCUCAACACAAGGAUUUUCUAAGGCUGGAGCACAUUGAAGGGUACCAUGUCUUGUCUGCAAAAACAAAGAUUUUCUUCACCACGGCUUAUGCUAAAUGGGAUGCUGACUUCUAUAUUAAGGUUGAUGAUGAUGUCCAUGUCAAUUUAGGUGCUUUAGCUACAACUCUUGCGACUCAUCGUACUAAGCCGAGAGUGUACAUGGGAUGUAUGAAAUCUGGACCUGUUCUCGCUGACAGGAAUGAGAAAUACCAUGAACCAGAAUAUUGGAAGUUCGGAGAGGAUGGGAACAAGUAUUUCAGACAUGCAACUGGACAGAUUUAUGCAAUCUCAAAUGAUUUAGCUUCUUAUAUCUCAACCAACCGGCAAAUAUUGCACAAGUAUGCAAAUGAGGAUGUUUCACUUGGUGCAUGGUUCAUUGGUCUCGAGGUUGAGCAUAUUGAUGACCACAGCAUGUGCUGCCCCACGGAACUAGAUUGUGAGUUGAAAGCACAAGCAGGGAAUGCUUGCAUUGCUUCAUUUGAUUGGAAGUGCAGUGGGAUUUGCGAGUCAGUGGAGAGAAUGAAAGAAAUUCAUGAGAAGUGCGGGGAAAAGAAUGACACUCUGUGGGCUGCGUCCUUCUGACUUUCUAAGAGUUUUGCCAUAUAGAUACAAUAUACAGAGAGACAAAGAGAGAAGCUGUUCUGUUCAUUUGGAAGGAGGUAGCUAACAAAGGGGCUGCUUCUUUUUCAGCUGUUGUGGAAGCAAUGUGCGAGAGAUGAAUGAAAAUGAUUAGUGAUUAUUUUUUUCUUUUUAUUUACACUUAAUUGCCAAUCCAUAGCCUAAUAACAAUAGGUUAUGUUUCUAAAUUCAUCUAUCAGCAUUUCUCUGUACUUAAAAUAAUAGUUCUUUGACAGUGGGUGAACUUUUUGUUCUCUAUAGCUUAAAAUUUAUGAUUUAGAGUUCCAGUUUUACAUUGACUAUA